AAUUCUUCUGCUAAUUAUUGUAUGUGCUCGCUUAAUAAAGCCAUGCUCUCUUGUUAGCUCGAAGUUGCUUCUAACAAUACUCGGGUAAUCACAUGCAUCGGAAUGUCUUCAACUGACAAAGCUGGAGAUGAACGGUCAAUAACCGAAGAUUCUGAAGUCAGCCAGUCAUUUGUAUCUGGUUACACUAUUAUGCAUAUGCUCUUCUAUACUUUCUUGAUGGUCACCGUUCCUAUAUCUUCGUACUUCGUUGCAAAAAACUACAUAUUCCAAGGUAUUGUUGGCAGCUCUGAAGAUGACAGUAUUGUACCUUCUGCCUUAACUGCUGUUGUCAUGGUGCAUGUUGUACUUGCUCUCUUUGUAUAUUCUGCAUUCAAUGAGAAGAUACCAGAGAAAAAGAAGCAGGAAUAAUUUUACUGUGAUCAGAGUGGACUUCGUACUUUAGAAAAAAACUUAAUUAAAACAAUGAUGGGAAUAACUGGUUUCCAUAACUCUGUAUUGUAUAGUUCAGUCGGGUUAUUGUUCUUGGCUUUGUUGGUAAUGAAGCCAGUUGUUCUUGGUGUUGUAUUCAACUUGGUAAUAUCAUUGCUUGGUAUUUGUGUUGGCUGUGCUCUAGGUGUGUUAAUUAUGGUAAAACUUUUAAACCACCUAGAAACACAUAAACUGAACGUUGAAACUACAAACACAGCAGCACAGUUGAAUUCUGACAGCAGAAUCUUCGUAAACCUAUCAAGGUUUCAAAUUCUAUCUCGCUGCUACCAUUGGGGAAGCAUAAAAGUCACAAUGCUAUUUCAAUCUCUGAUCUCACGCCUGGCAGCUUCUCCUUUAAUUAAAUCUCAAACUGAGGCAAACCACACAAGGGCUAGUGUAAGGGGCAGAGGAUUGUAUGAAAUUAUACGACCGUAUGGUCAAACUCCAGAUGACAUGUUAGCAAGUGCAUAUGGACCCACUGCUUACGGCACGGGAUCCACGGUCUGUGUCUCGCAUAACAUUGAUGAGAUCGUCCACAGAGUUUUCGAGUACACUUACAGAGAUUAUGUCGAAACCUGGUAUGCUCAAGUCAGUGCAGACCAUGGAAAUCUUCACAAAAUGAUUCGUGCUGAUUAUUGGGAUGUUGUGAAGGCAUUUUCUGAGCGACUUAGCAAACUGGACACUGUUAAUUUAACAAUGAAACGAUUUCCAACCUGUUUGCUACAUCACUUUGAACAACUCAAACUCACAGCAAAAUCGAGUCCAGAAGAUGUAAAACCAUCCUUUACACUCCAUCCCUGCCUCCGGGAUCGGAACACAGAGCUUACUUUUCUUCGUCACAUAUGCGAAUACAUCCUCAUCCUUACUUUACCUCCAGAGGCUGCAAGGAUCUCUAGUUUAAGAACAAUACUACGUGAAAUUUUAUCCGGAUUAGUCCAAUUGACAACAGCACUUCUUCCAAUGGUGGACAGUUUAUGUGAUCCCGACUACAUUAACCAAACCAUAUUAUCAUUCCUUCAAUGGCGGGAUACCACCCAUGAAGAUCAUACAAGGGCGUAUGCCUAUGCUGCCACUUAUGAGGAUUUUAUGAAAAUAAUCACAGAAUGCAAAAGUGUUCCUGUUCUUCGACAAAUAAGAUAUCGCAUCAUGACUGAAAUAAUCCAUGCUACCACAAUUAGUGGACUGAAAAAAGAUCAAAGCAAAGCAGCAAAAGCAAGAAGCAUGGAUAAGGGUGAACUUCUCAUAAGUCGUAACCUGAAGAGGUACAUUAACCAAUGCCAGGUCGCCAAGCAGCAAUGUGAAAAGAAAAUUCGAUUACUCGGAGGUGGAGAUUAUGGGGUUAAUUACUCUCCACUUGAUGGCAGUGUAGCAGGUUCAUUUGAAAGUCAGCUUCUAUCAUUUGAAGAAAUAAUGACGUCCCCCAUAUCUCGCUCAUUCUUUCUCAAGUAUUUAAAGAAGAUAGGACGUGGAGCUCUACUUAACUUCUGGAAUCAGGUUGAAAUAGUAAAAACUACCCAACCCACUGGGAAGGCACUGGCCAAGUUAGUCAGCUAUGCUUACCAGAACCAUGUUCUACAAGGAUCAGUGGAACAACUCCCACUCGAUAUUGAUAAAUCCACCAUGAAAGGAAUGCAGGAUUGUGUCAUUGGAAAUAAAUCUCCUCAAGAUUUUUUCUUGGUCCAGAAGCAGGUAUACGAUUUGUUGAAGAGUGACCACUACCCCUCAUUUGUGGUGAGUGAUAUUUAUACUUACCAACUUAUGCCGGAGAUAAACGACUCAACUAUCGAUGGGAGUAUGAAUAUUGCUAAAGAAGAUUUGAAUAAAACAGCCUUUGGUGGAGAUUGUUCAUCCGAUGCUUCGUUACAACGACUACGAAUGUUGGAGGGAAAGCUUGAAUAUAAAGCACAAGCCCUUGAAAGCUUGCUACCAUCCGCUAAACUUGAUCCUAAGGUAACAGAGCAGUUGGAGGAAGACAUAAAGAUGUUGCAGCGAGCGAAGAUGAAGCAGCAGAUCCACAUGGAGAGGACUGAUGCAUGGUGGGAACACAUGGGAAGUUGGGCGGCAAACGUACAAGAUGCUUAUUGCCAACAAGAUUCCUCAGAGGGUUCAUUAAAUGGAGGUGGCCCAUUGUACACCAUUGUUGUGCAAUGUUCUGGUGUUUCUCUGUAUGAAGCUACAGACGAUGUAUCUGGAUGGGUGGUCACCAGAUGCCUCAGUGACUUCCAUAAUCUGCAUCAUUCGCUGAAAGAGUAUAGUUCAUGGCUUCGUAAGCAAAGUCUUCCAAAACUCCCGAUGUUUAGAAUGAGAGGAGUAUCUGAAAAGUUUCUCCUGGAAUCCAAAUCCACUCUCAAUACAUAUCUGCAUAAUAUAUUAAAAGAUGAGAUCUUGAGAUGCAGUCAGAUCGUCUACUCAUUCCUCAGCCCAGGUCCCGACUGCACGAAGAUCGGCGAGGAUUCAACCUCCCAAUCCUCGAAACCAACAUCCAACUUUGGAGACUUCUUCAAGAGAAUCCCAAAGGAUGUUUUUGAUCGUGUAGUGAAGCAAGCAGCAGAGGAAGAGAACCUUGAUAGUUUAGAUGAUGAUGAGGACAGAGAUUCUGUGGCUGCUCCUUUGUAUGAACUGAUCAGUGAAAUAUUUGAAUUGCAAGGUCUCUUUCGAUUCUUCAGAAGAAGUUUAAUUGUUUUUGUGAGACUUGCUUUCGGUGGUAGCAUAAAUAGACAAGUAAGAGAAACAAGCGAAUGGUUGUGCUCUGAACCCAUGCUUGUAUUAUAUCUGCAAACCUUCCUUGACUCAAUGUGGCCUGGUGGGAAACUAGCGCCAGCACUGCAGGAGAGAACCGAAGACGAAAAGUUGCAGACUAAACUUGAGGUACGAGUUAAGUUGUUACAAAGCAUACCAGAGAUGUUGAAUGGAUUAGUUGGGCAGGAAAAUGCAAAGCGGGGAGUUCUGAAAGUUUUCCAUGCUUUGCAGGAUCAAAGAUUAAACAAGCAUCUGUUUUAUACUCUGCUAGCUGAAAUAAUUGAAGAAGUCUUUCCAGAAAUUCUUACUGGAAACUCCAAUUAAUACAAUAUGUGCAAUACAAACUGCAAGAGUGAAAAUAUGAAAUAAAUACAAAACUUAAAUUG